AUGCGAACAGCGCCCCGAAGGCAUUACGAGAACCUGUUUCAAUGGAGCUUUAGCUUGGACAUCCUCAUUAUGUGCGUGGUCAUCACGACUACGAAUCAAUGGCUAUGGAGAUUCGUUGCCUCGCGGACUACGCCAUUCAUGAUUACGUCGCUGCGGUAG